GAUUGCUAUUUAUGCUCUGUACCUCUGAAGACGAGGAAGACGUUGUGAAGGUACAACCACUGGUCCAAUGACUGGAUCUAGCCAUCGAUGAAUGUGUCUAUCAGAGGGAUGCCCAGGAAGAUAGGAUUUACUGUGGUCAGCUCUUCAAGUCAUGAGGACAACUUCAGUGCCAAGGAGCUUAUGGUUCAUGCCCCCACAGUCAGUGGCUGGAGAUCCAGCAGGCUGUGCUCCUAUCCUCAGCACAUCACCUUCCAGCUGGUGGAGAGAAGUAGGGUGAGGAAGCUACAGCUGCUAGCUCACCAGUACCUGAUCCCGGCCAAGGUGGAGUUCCACAUUGGAGACACUCUCCCUGAAACGAGCAACUCAGGGUUCCCAGGGCAGCUUCGCAGACUCGGGUAUGUUGCUUUGUCAGACAAUGAGAAGACAGGCUUCAAAGCACGGGAGCUGAAGUCAGUCCAUGUAGACGCCAUUGGAACGUACUUGAGAAUAACCUUUCAUAGGAACCAUGUCAACAGUUACAACCACUACAAUCAGGUUGCUUUGGUUGCCAUUAAUGUUCUGGGAGAUUCUCUGGAUGGCAAUACAUUUAACACAAUUCCAAGCAGAGCACAGCUGAUCGAACACUACCUCAACAGUACCCAGCUGGAAGCUGCUUUGGACAUGACCUUCAUGGGGAAAUGUGAGUCCAUCGCCCCCUUGGACGAUCUGGCCUUUGACAUGUACCAGGACCCUGAAGUUGCCCAUAUAAUCCGUCUCCUGGAUCAAAAGAAGCAGGACAUGGUGCAGCAGGAGAAGUAUGAGCAGGUCAAGAAUCUGAAGCAGGCCAUCGCUGACCUGCAGAAGGUGGGGGAGCGUUUGGCUCGAUACGAUGUGGAGAAGCAAUGUGCCAUUGAAAAGGAAGACUAUGACUUGGCCAAGAAGAAGAAGGAGCUAAUGGAAGACUACAGAAGGAGUGUCUACCAACAGCUGGAGGUGCACAACCUGCUGGACAUGACAACGAUCAUGAGGACAUUGGAUCCAUCCCCAGCCCAGGGUGCUCCCUCUCUACUGUCUUCUCCACAGCUGCCUUCAGUUCCCACCAAGCCUCUUGUGCCCACAGACACAGUGGGGAAGGGGAAGAAAACCAGUGCUCCUCAGAACCAUCCUUCAGAUGUAGAAACUGUGGUGCCCAAACUUAGCAGCCAACCUGACACAACCUUCGUCCGUGCUGCUUUACCGAACAUUGGUGUUACCAGUGUGCCUUAUGAUGAGAGGCCGCUACCAGCCCUGCAGAGGAAAGAACAGUCAGUGGAGGUCAUCCAAAGCCCUGCAGAGGGGGACUCCCUCCAACCUGACACCCAUGGGAGUCUGCCCAGCGCUGAGAGAAGCGGAGAGCCAGAGCCCCUGACUGAGAAGACCCAGAAAGAGGCAGGCCUUCCAAUAGACGUUUAUGGAGAAAGUCUGGUGGCUGGGGCGUACUCCAAAAUAUGGUCCUACAGAGAGGAUGCUCUGCUGGCUGUGUACAAGAGGCUUUUGGUGGUAUCACCUACUAUCCCCAAGGAGGAGCUGAGAAACAUGAUAAGAGCUGCAGUCUUCUUGGUUAAGAAGGCCCUUCUGGAUAAAGCAUCAUCGGUUUUCCAGACCUCCUUGAAGCUGCUUCGGCUACUGCUGAGCCAGUCGAUCCCAGGUCUGGGGCUGGGCCGAGCUGAGUUGAGUCACUGCUUGGAGCAGACCUGGCCUAACCUACUGGCCAGAACGGGAGAGUCAGCCAGCCGCCUCCGGGCCCCUGCCAUUACCUUUAUAGAGGAAAUUGCUGUUUUGAAGGAGGUACGGGCCCUGCAGGUAAUCCCCAGUGAGCUAGUGAAGCCCUUUAGGUCCAACUUUCCCGCUCGUCUGGCUCAGAGUCGGGCCGAGCUGCUCGAGAAACUACUCUCUAAACUGGGUACAGAGAGCUCAGGCUUCACCUUGGACAAUGUCAUGAUGUUCUGUACAGCAGCGAUGGAGCACAGUUCACCAUCAGUUCGAGAGCUGGCAGUUCGCAUCAUUUUGUCUAUGUACCAGCAGCACAGAAGUGCUGUUCUCAACUACCUUCCAUCCACAGAGAACAAGAACUUCCUCUACAGAACCCUCUUUGAUGGAUUUGCCAAGAUUGACGGAAAGGUAGUGGAGACUCAGACUUUGAAGAAAGGAGUUCAUCAGCAGGAGGGGCAAAAGGAGAAGGAUGAGAUCCACUCUCUUCAGGAGCAGCUGGCUGCCUUAAGAGAGAUCACAGAGAGAGGCGAUGAAAGCACCAAAGGACAAAUGGCCAAGAAAGAGUUCCAAAAAGCUGUCAAAGGAACUGUCACAAAAUUGCCCCAGAACAAGAAAGUGGACAGCAGCACAGAUGUCCAUCAAUCUGUCAGCUAUCUGGACAAAAGUGAAUGUGUCUAUCUAUCUUAUCUACCUACACUCUUUUUUUUUUGCGGUAAAAAGGAUGAGUCAUUCACGGAAGAUGGACUGGACCUUCACUACUGGAAACACUGUCCUAUGCUGCGACGCUGUGAUGAAUGUAGACAGGUAGUCGAGAUAGCUAGCCUCACGGAGCACCUGCUGAGUGAAUGUGAAAACAGGUCCAAGUUCAGCCAGUGCCCAUGCUGCUCAGAGGCCGUGACCACUGAAGAGCUGGCUCACCAUGUCCAGGGUCCUGCCUGCAACCCCUCCAUUUCUGCAAAAAGCUCGAACCAUUGUCCUUUGUGUCACAACAACUUCUUGGCUGGGGAGGAGGCCUGGAAAACUCACCUCAUGGGCAGGGAGGGUUGUAAACAAAACUCACGCAGGACUGUGGUGUCCCAGAGAAUCCAGCAAUCACAAGGCGGGGCUGUCAGUGGAGCUAAGCUGAAGCAGUCCUGGUCGGUCGGGGCCAGAGGCAGUCCCAUUGGCCGAGGGAGCCGGAUCCCAUCCUUGGCACCCUUUGCCAGAGGACAUACAGCAGGGAAGUGAUGAAACUGGUUUGAAGCACCCAGGUGACUCUUCUUAUACUUAGAGGAAGAACCCAAUAGCAGCAAUCAUCCCUUGAGCAAUUACACCUCACUUGCAUAUUUUUUGGUCCAAAAUUGCAUAAGGGCAUAUAGAAAGUGGUUUCAGGAAUAGCGAUUGACAUACACAAAAUAAGAUGUCGUUGGAACAGUCUUUUUAUCUCUGAAAUCACACACCAAACCAGUGAAACAAGCACUGUUUACUGACAAUAUCUGGUUUUAGAGGCUUUGUUUUGAAUCACUCACUGCUGUUAGGAGAUGGGAACUGGGCAGCUAAAGGGGGUUGUCCACUGAUUUAGUAUCAUACUGCCAUCCAAGUUGGGUAACUAAGAAAAGAAAGUUCAAAAUUAAAGCUGCAAUGGCAGCGAUCACCUGACUUUUAGUUCCUGGUGUGAGUCAAUUUCCAGUGACACUUCCCAUAAUGCAACUUUAUCUUAGCUCAAGCUAAGAUAAAUCCGAUGUCACUGUCACCAUCAGGGUUCAUUUCUCAUAUUAGACCCCAGAUCCUCCAGUAAAACUCAGGAUGUAAAUGCAUAGAAUCUUUGUUGAAUCAGUUCUUUAGUUCUGUAUCUAAUCUGCAUUGACACUGAUAGAAACACUCCUCUCUUUGUAGAAACAGUAGUGAGAGGUAGACGUUUAGUUAGUUUAGUUAGUGUCCUUUGGUGACAUUCUAGCAGAUGAUGCUUCAGUCCCAAAGCCAUCAACAACCUCAGCAUAGCUGUACUGUCAGCUUCACGGUUUGCCAUCUGUUUGCCAUUUUCCUUUCAUUUUUUUGUCUUAAAAACUAUACUGAAGGACUAAAGUACCACUUUGCCAAAGAGAUGAUACUCCACUGCUGAAUUUUAGUACAGUAUGGACCUAAUUUAUUCUUCCUCUUAAUGGGGCCAUUGAGCUGGAGUCAGAUUCCUUGUAUUUUUAAAUACUUGGCAAUAAAGUUUAUACUUAUGCUUAAUGCUUACUGACAAUCUUAAUGUAGUGAUGGAGACAGAGAGAUUGCAGUUGAACGAAUACUGUAGGAUGUUUCCUCAGAUCUACUUGAUCUUGGCUGGACACAACAUUGGCUGACUACAACAAUUUUGAGCACUUCAGUGACUUUAAUGUUUAAGAUUUAUAUGUAUUACUAAAAUGUUACUACUUCUGCUGUACUACACAAUGUUAUGAUGAUGUUGAUUGUAGUGUAUCUUUGAUUUAUAUGCAGCCAAGACAUAACACUGAACCAAAGCAGUCUGAAGGGGUGUCGGAUUUUGUAACAUAAGAAAUCUUUAUUUACUGUAUGUGUGUGAUAGUACUAACUGUUGUCGUGGACAUACAGCUAAACAAUUUCACUAUAGCUGAUACAAAAAAAAGAGUACAUUUAGUUUAGAACAUUCCAAUCCAUGACUUUAGCUUUAAUAUGCUUCUGUAUUGAAGAUUGUUGUAACAGUGGAUAUUUUAUUGCACUUUAUGUACACAGUAGUCAGUAUUUUCUGAAAUAUGUUGAUAUCAAAUUACUAGUUUUUUUCUGCAAAUGUAUCUGUAUUUGCUUAAAUAAAGUUAAAUUAAGGUGAA